AUGAGCCAGAGCCUCAAGAGCUGGUUGUUUGAGCGCAUGGCGGACCAGGCGCACGACGCCCUCGAGAGCGGCACGACGCUAUACGACCUGCCCUUCACCACGGGCAACCGGGUCCAGCUGGUCCGCUUUCUCACCUUUCGGCCGCCCGACGAUCCGCUGGCCGACCGAGAUGUCUGGGCCGUCGUGUCGGACCGGACGCACGUCAUGGCGGCCAAGUUUGUCCGCGGGCAGGUGACGAGGUUCCAGCGGAACAACCCGACGCUGCCCUUUACGACGCUGCGCGGCGCGCUGCUGAUGCUGCGCGCGACCCGGGCCAUCAUCACGCGGAUCCCGUCGGCGAGCAAGGCGACGAUGUGGGACGAAAACGACUUCAACCUCGCCCUCGAGGUGCGCAGCUUCGACCUGCUCGGCUCCAUCGGCGAGCCCACCUUCUGGCCGGACGCCAAGCUCGUCCUCAGCCCACGCGGCGUGCCCGCGGAACUCGAGCACAGGUGGAAGCUGCUCACCGAGUGGGUGGACAAGUGGCGGCGCUACCGGCUCAAGAGGGAGGAGCGGAAACGAGCUUCGGCGACGCUCAAGGCGGUCCACGACUCCGAGGCCAGGCACGAGCCCAGCCUCGAUGCACUGCAGAGCACGCCGCUUCCGACGCCCGGGCAGCGGGUACGCAGCGAUCCGGCCGUCAACCUGACGCGCUCGGCCGAGCGCACGUCGCGGUCGCAAAGCGACAGCCGGCUGAUCCUCCAGCGGAGAGACGCCGACGAGACCGGGCUGACGCAGCUCGCCGGAGUGUCUCGCAGGAGCGCCAGGUCGGCCUGGGACGGCUACGACAUCGACGCGGCCGUGCCUUCUACCAUGGCCGUCUUCUCGGAGCCACCGCCAUCGGCAGGCCCGCCACCGCCGCCGUCUGGCAUCGAUCGUGCCGCCGAUGCGUGCGCCGGGAUGAGCUUCCUGUCGACGACGGAAGAGGCCGAGUCGCUUUCCAUCUGCCACGUUCCCGAGCCCCGUUGCAGGAUACCGCCACCCGCGAGCCUGGACGGCGCGUGGAACGACGAGGCCAUCCCGGAUCCUUCGGAUCUGGGCCUGUCGCCGAUCGAGCUCACACCAGAGGAGCUCAUCGCUUCUGACGCCGCCGCGCUGCCGGCUUCUAGGCUGCUUUCCACGCCGAAACCUGCCGUCGCCCCCGCUGCUACGACGACGACGCAAGUGGCGCCGGCCGCGACCUCGCCACCUACACCUUCGCUGUCGUUUGAUCUCGCAUCGACUCCGACUCUGUUGCACAGCUUCGCGGCGACCCCAAGCCGACGCCGCAGCCAGCUCGCCGCGAGCACCACGUCAAACAUACCCGCCUCGCCCCGUCCUUCCGCCUCGGCCCUCGAUAGCAAGCCUGACGGGACAAGGCCAGCUCCAACCACGACGACGACGACGACGACAGUGCGUUUCAAGGACGCUGCGUCUCCCGCGCGUGCGCGUCCCGCCGCCGCCGCCGCCGCUGCCGCUGCUGACGGCGAGGGCGGCUCGAAGGAGAGGAAGCGGAGAAGAGGCGGCUCCGACCCGCCCGACGAUCCGAUUCGAGCAAGGAAGCGCAAGAGCGAGGCGAGGGACAAGCUCAAGAUGCUGAUGGCGUCGAUCGUCGACUGA